AUGUCUUCAGCAAAGGGAGCAUCCAUUGGCAUUGACCUGGGCACCACAUACUCCUGUGUGGGGGUGUUUCAGCAUGGCAAGGUGGAGAUCAUCGCCAACGACCAGGGAAACAGGACCACCCCCAGCUACGUGGCCUUCACCGACACAGAGAGACUCAUCGGGGACGCAGCAAAGAACCAGGUAGGUCCCACUUCUGUCUCUGUCUGUCUGUCUAUAAGUGUUUUUAAUAAAUGCUAUCAAAGUAAUAGUCUCUGGGAUCAAAUGUUGAUCAUAUCUUGUUGAUUUUACAUUUUAGUCAUUUAGCAGAAGCUCUUAUCCAGAGCGACUUACAGUUAAUGAGUGCAUACAUAUUAUUUUUCUUCAUACUGGCCCCCCGCGGGAAUCGAACCCACAACCCUCUACCAACUGAGCUACACGGGACUUGUUGAUGCAUGUAUUGUUUUGUUUACCCAAAAUAACAUUGAAUUGUAAUUAAUUUCAAUGCAGGUGGCCAUGAACCCCACCAACACUGUGUUUGAUGCAAAACGCCUGAUCGGCAGGAAGUUCGACGACCAGAUCGUUCAGUCAGACGUGAAGCUGUGGCCUUUCAAGGUACAGGGUUAGACGCAUACAGGGUUAGAUGCAUACAGGGUUAGACGCAUACAGGGUUAGAUACAUACAGGGUUACAUACAUACAUGCAGGUUUACAUACAUACAUACAGGUUUACAUACAUACAUACAGGUUUACAUACAUACAUACAGGGUUAGUAACAUACAGGGUUAGAUACAUACAUACAUACAUACAUACAUACAUGCAUACAUGCAUACAGGUUUACAUACAUGCAGGGUUACAUACAUACAUACAGUACCAGUCAAAAGUUUGGACACACCAGGGUUUCUCUUUAUUUUUACUAUUUUCUACAUUGUAGAAUAAUAGUGAAGACAUCAAAACUAUUAAAUAACACAUAUGGAAUCAUGUAGUAACCAAAAAAGCCUUGAAGACAGCUUUGCACACUCUUGGCAUUUUCUCAACCAGCUUCAUGAGGUAGUCACCUGGAAUGCAUUUCAAUUAACAGGUGUGCCUUCUUAAAAGUUAAUUUGUGGAAUUUCUUUCCUUAAUGCGUUUGAGCCAAUCAGUUGUGUUGUGACAAGGUAGGGGGGGUGGGUGGUAGUAUACAGAAGAUAGCCCUAUUUGAUAAAAGACCAAGUCCAUAUUAUGGCAAGAACAGCUCAAAUAAGCAAAGAGAAACGACAGUCCAUCAUUACUUUAAGACAUAAAGGUCAGUCUAUCCGUACAUUUUUCAUAUUCAUAUGUGUUAUUUCAUAGUUUUGAUGUCUUCACUAUUAUUCUACAAUGCAUAAAAUAGUAAAAAAUAAAGAAAAACCCUUGAAUGACUAGGUGUGUCCAGACUUUUGACUGGUACUGUACAUACAUACAUACAUACAUGGUUACAUACUGUACAUACAGGGUACAUACAUUAAAAUACAUUUGAAAAGCUUGAGUAUAUCAAUAGAUUACCUUGGUCUUCUCACCCUUCUAGGUGAUCAGCGAUGGUGGGAAGCCCAAAGUCCAGGUGGAGUACAAGGGAGAGACCAAGGCCUUCUACCCCGAAGAGAUCUCCUCAAUGGUCCUGGUCAAGAUGAAGGAGAUCGCUGAGGCCUACCUGGGCCAGAAGGUGUCCAAUGCAGUCAUCACAGUCCCAGCCUACUUCAACGACUCCCAGAGGCAGGCUACUAAAGACGCUGGGGUGAUCUCUGGUCUAAACGUCCUGAGGAUCAUCAAUGAGCCCACGGCGGCGGCUAUCGCUUACGGCUUGGAUAAGGGAAAGAGGGAGGAGCGCAAUGUACUCAUCUUUGAUCUCGGCGGAGGCACCUUUGACGUCUCAAUCUUGACCAUCGAGGAUGGGAUAUUCGAGGUGAAGGCCACAGCUGGGGACACUCACCUGGGAGGGGAGGACUUUGACAACCGCCUGGUCAAUCACUUUGUGGAGGAGUUCAAGAGGAAGUACAAGAAGGACAUCAGCCAGAACAAGAGGGCAGUGAGGAGGCUGAGAACAGCCUGUGAGAGGGCCAAGAGAACCCUCUCUUCCAGUUCCCAGGCCAGCAUUGAGAUUGACUCCCUCUUUGAAGGCGUCGACUUCUACACCUCCAUCACUAGGGCUCGGUUUGAAGAACUCAACUCCGAGCUCUUCAGGGGAACCCUGGACCCUGUGGAAAAAGCCCUGAAAGACGCCAAGAUGGACAAGGCUCAGAUCCACGAGAUCGUCCUGGUUGGUGGCUCCACACGAAUCCCUAAGAUCCAGAAGCUCCUGCAGGACUUCUUCAACGGAAGGGAACUCAACAAGAGCAUCAACCCAGAUGAAGCGGUGGCAUACGGUGCUGCCGUCCAGGCGGCCAUCUUGAUGGGCGACUCCUCUAAGAAUGUCCAGGACCUUCUCCUCCUGGACGUGGCUCCUCUGUCCCUGGGCAUCGAGACGGCUGGAGGGGUCAUGACCGCCCUGAUCAAACGUAACACCACCAUCCCCACCAAGCAGACCCAGAUCUUCUCCACCUACGCUGACAACCAGCCAGGUGUGCUCAUCCAGGUGUACGAGGGAGAGAGAGCCAUGACCAAGGACAAUAAUCUGCUGGGAAAGUUUGAGCUCACGGGUAUCCCUCCCGCUCCGAGAGGAGUUCCCCAAGUCGAGGUGACCUUCGACAUCGACGCUAACGGCAUCCUGAAUGUGUCGGCAGUGGAUAAAAGUACCGGCAAAGAGAACAAGAUCACCAUCACCAACGACAAGGGGCGGCUCAGCAAAGAGGACAUCGAGAAGAUGGUGCAGGAUGCCGACAAAUACAAAGCUGAGGACGAUGCCCAGAGGGAGAAGAUAGCAGCCAAGAAUGGGUUGGAGUCCUACACGUUCAACAUAAAGAGUAGUGUAGAAGACCCAAACCUGGCAGGGAAAAUCAGCGAGGAUGACAAGAAGAAGGUCGUUGAGAAAUGCAACCAAACUAUCUCCUGGUUGGAGAACAAUCAGAUGGCUGAGAAGGAGGAGUUUGAGUACCAGCAGAAGGAGCUGGAGAGAGUGUGUAACCCAAUCGUAUCCAAGCUCUACCAGGGGGCGGGAGGGGCUCCUCCAAUGGGGAGCUGUGGAAGCCAGGCCGGGGGCGGGGCUAGCUCUCAGGGCCCUACCAUUGAGGAGGUGGACUAG